CCUUCCACCGCCCUGCUCUUCGUCCAGGGUCAUGAUUGGCCUCAAGGGCACGCUUAAUGUUAUAGAUAACUCGGGAGCACUCCUAGUCGAGUGCGUGAAUGUACUCAAGCAGAAGGUCAACAACGGCUGGGGAAGCGUGGGCGAUGAAAUUGUCUGCAUCGUCAAGCGUGCGCGACCGCUCUCGGCUGCGGCAUUGCAGUCGUCCACCGCCGUUAAGGUCCGCCGAGGAGACGUCCGCCGCGCCGUCAUAGUCCGAACGAAGAAGGAGGUUCGCCGGCCAGACGGCCGAAUAAUCAAGUUUGACGACAAUGCUGCUGUGCUCCUAAACAAUAAGCGAGACAUGCUGGGCACUCGCAUUGCUGGCGUUGUCAGUGCAGACCUGCGGAUGAAGGGCUGGGGCAAGAUCGUUAGCUUGGCUCCCAAGGUUAUAUAGACUAUCUCCUGUGUUGCCUGUUCUACCAUAUACACCUGCAGUACGCUUUCGAUGACAUGUGCGUUGGAAGUUCAAGUCUCCGUCGGAAAGGUAGACUGCGCUGGCUUUACCAAUACCAUAAUACAUGGUACACCCUCUCCUGCAUUUCUGUCAUGUCUAGCGCUGCUCAAGCCUAGCAUAACCUACACCUUCCGUGCAGAAUCAGCCACUUUCACACAAGACCACCGUGUAUUCUUACAUCAUUGAGCCUGCUUGUCU